AUGGGUGCCCCGGGUGGAAAGAUCAACCGGCCGCGAACGGAGCUGAAGAAGAAGCUGUUCAAGCGACGACGUGUGUUGAACCGGGAGCAGCGACUAAAGCAUCGGGUGGUCGGAGCUGUGAUAGACGAAGGACUGAUUACGCGGCACCACCUCAAGAAGCGGGCGUCCAGUGCACGUGCCAACAUUACUCUAUCUCAUUCGGGUUCUUUAAUGCUUCUUCUUUUCCUUUGUUCAGUGGAAGCCCCUCCCAAGCCAACCAGGACUAGUAACCCACAGCCCAAAUCAAAAAAGAAGACAAAACCCCCCCAGGAUGUAGAUAUGGAGGACCUUGAAGAUAAGAGCUAAUUCUGAAUCUCACACCUUUUCCACCAGAAGAUUCUCAAGCUGGAGCCAAGAGGACUCGAUGGUUAUUUCAGAUGAUUUUGGAGAGAGCAUUUCUCCUUUUCAUUCUCCCUGUAUUCCUCUUUCCUAAUGGCCUACUGACCUGCCCUGGAGGGAUGUAUUGAGAAAAAGAGAGUAGAAAAGAAAAAUUGCAGAGGGAGUCCUAAGCAGUCAACUGCAUUUGUAAU